AUGGCGAAACAUCACCCCGACCUGAUCAUGUGCCGCAAGCAGCCGGGCAUCGCCAUAGGCCGGCUGUGCGAGAAGUGCGACGGCAAGUGCCCCAUCUGCGACAGCUAUGUGCGGCCAGCAACGCUGGUGCGCGUCUGUGAUGAGUGCAACUACGGCUCGUACGCGGGGCGCUGCGUCAUCUGCGGCGGCAUCGGUGUGUCGGACGCAUACUACUGCAAGGAGUGCACGAUCUGUGAGAAGGACCGUGACGGCUGCCCCAAGAUCAUCAACCUGGGCAGUGCCAAAACAGACCUGUUUUAUGAACGAAAAAAAUACGGCUUCAAAAAGAGAGUCUAG